AUGCCCUUCAUGUCUUCGGCCGUCGCAGCUCCACCAGUCACAAUGUCGCAGAGUUUAGGGAAAGACGUGACGAACAAUGUCUUCAUGGAAGACUCGGACAGUGACGAUGAAAUGCCGCUACCACAGCAAGAAACGACUUCAGAACCAGUCCAAAUUCAAGAGCAACCACUUUCAGAAGCCCAACAACCUCCUGCUCACCAAUCACCUACACAAUCACAGAACAGUCAGAAUGCACCAAGCCAGAGUCAAUCUUUGGAUUUGGGGCUGUCAAUGUUCGCCAAACGGACCAUCCACAAUCCCUUGAUUUCAUCCUCCAAGACUCCCACAACAACAAAAGUCGCCAUACACACUUCGUCUGGCAGGUCUUUCUCCGUCCGUAAGAAGCAGAAUGCCGAAGCUUUGUCAACGGAAAGGCUAGCAGCCUCUCGAUCCGAAAUCGCUGAGGGAAGAGCUCAGAGGAGUUACUAUGGCAUCGACAUCCACAACCUGGUCAAGGNNGAAGCCAAAGCCCAGCAAGUCAUCGACCAAGCAGAGGCAGAAAGGAAAGCCGCCAUGCCCUCUAUAGAGCCCGUUCUUCCUGUAGACGGCGCACAAAAAAAUCAGCGGACAUUGAUGUGGACGGAAAAAUACAGAGCACGCAAGUUCACCGAGCUUGUGGGAGAUGAUCGCACACAUCGUUCUGUCAUGCACUGGCUCAAGCGCUGGGAUGAGAUUGUUUUCCCUGGCUCAAGCAGAAAACCCAAGCAUCGCAAANAUGCCGACAAUGUCGAGCAGGAAAGACCACAUCGCAAAGUCUUGCUUCUUACUGGUCCCCCUGGUCUCGGAAAAACAACUUUGGCUCAUGUGUGCGCUAAACAAGCCGGCUACGAAGUCCAGGAGAUUAAUGCUAGUGAUGAGAGAAGCAGAGAUGUUGUCAAAGGUCGUAUCCGAGAUAUGGUCGGCACUGAAAACGUCAGAGGUGUUGAUCAAAAGACUGCUGCAGGCAAGGUCCGCAAAGCUGGACGCCCUGUAUGUGUCAUUGUUGACGAGGUCGAUGGUGUCGUGGGUGGUAGUGGAGGUGCUGGUGAGGGAGGAUUCAUCAAAGCCUUGCUCGACUUGGUAGCCCUUGACGCGAGGAACUCCAACAAAUCUCGCUCACAACAACCUUCUGAAAAGAAGAAGGCCGACAACUUCCGUUUGCUACGACCGCUUAUCCUGAUCUGUAAUGAUGUCUACCAUCCUUCCCUCCGACCACUUCGACAAAGCACAGCUGCCGAGAUUAUUCAUGUUCGCAAACCUGCCAUCAACUCUGUCGUCUCCAGGAUGCAGUCCAUCUUUGAAAAGGAGAACAUUCCUUAUGAUGGCGAUGGUGUGCGAAAGCUGUGUGAGGCUUCUUGGGGCAUGUCAAGUCGCAAAGAGGGUGGUUCAGGCAGCAGCACAGGCGAGGGCGACAUUCGUGGUAUCUUGGUUGUUGGCGAAUGGAUCGCAGGCAGACUUCGAGCAACUCACGAUCCAGCCGCGAAUUCAAUACAAAGGCUGACUCGCCGAUGGAUCGAAGCUAACGUCCUAGCAGACCUGUCUCAUGGAGGAGGCUCAGCAAGAGGCGUGGGACGUGGUGGGCCAAAGGAAGUAGUCGAGCGUGUCUUCAAAGAAGGUGCCGGAUUUUCCAAACCCAGCAUGUUGGCAGCGCCAACCACCACCGCCUCGGUCACUGGCAUGAAAGGCGUAGCAGAAUCAGGAAAGCGACAAGCCAUGGACCGCCUUCGUGAAAUGGUCAAUACAUCUGGCGAUAUUGACCGCAUCAUGACCGACUGUUUCUCUGCAUACCCAGAUCAACCAUACCAAGACGACAACUACCUCAGCAAACCAGAUGAAGCAUAUGAAUGGCUCCAUUUCCACGAUCGACUCUCUUCUGCAGUCUUCAGCCACAGCGAAUGGGAAUUAGCCACCUAUCUCGCCCAACCAAUUCUCGCUUUCCAUCAUUUGUUUGCUACACCAAAUCGCUCGCAUACCAACACGGCAAACAAAUGGAAUGAACAAGACACAACGGAAGACAACGAACCUCCUACACNNCCCUUCUCUGGCCCUCAAGCCUCAUUCCAAGCGCACGAGACGCAAAAAUCCAACUUUGAGAUUCUGCAAACGCUGCAAGCGUCUUUGUCAUUACCGCUUCUACGCAUGUUUCCCUCGCCAACAGCCAUGUCGACUGAAUUCGUACCAUACCUCAUGCGCAUGCUAAAUCCAAAUGUAUCGCCAGUGGUAGUCCAAAACUCUGGCAUUUCCACUGCUUCGGUGCGCAAAGCGAGUGAGAAGUUACUCGUCAGCAGAGCAGUCAACGCAAUGACAGCAUCAGGCAUCCGCUUCGACCGCACCCGUCUGGAAACCGAAGGCGCCUCCUUUUCCCACUCCUCAGCACCACAGACUUGGGUGUACCGUAUGGAACCUGCCAUUGACUGCCUCUCCGUGUUCGAAACGCUGGACUUGAAGGCUGCGGGUUUGGCACCUGUAGACCGCACUCGCUAUGCCGUGCGUCAAGUCCUAGACCAAGAAUUCGCCAUUGCAACCAAGAAGACUGCAGAAGCUGCUAGAGUAUCCAGAGGUGGGAAUGGAGCUGCUGUACUCACCUCGCUUGGAGAAGUUGUUGCUGGCGCUGCUGUUCCUGUUUCGGAUGGCAAAAAGCUAAAAAGAGAUUUCUUUGGUAGGGUUGUUGCUGAGGAACAAGAGGCAGAUACAGAGGAACAAGGUGAAGGUGCAACCAAGAGGAAGAAACAGAAGCAAGAAGAAGCUGGCGAUAAAGAGAGGGUGUGGGUGACUUUCCACGAAGGAUUUUCUAAUGCGGUUAGGAAACCUGUGUCGCUCAGGGAGUUGUUGGGGGCUAUGUAG